UUCCUGCCCCUAGCUGCUCCGCCUGCGCACACAACACAGUCACAACUCGCACACGCUCCCGCUGUGCCACACCGCGCGCCUCGCUUGCCCCAGUCAUUCCCAAUCCCCUUCCCGUCCUCGACGGAUUGCUGCCAGCAGGCAGAUAGAUCUUGUGCCCAACCAUCUCUUUCCUCCCCCUCUCGUCGUCUAUUUUCGUCUCCACCGAGCAAAUCCUUAGCGGCCAAGUCUUCGAGCUCGGGGAGUUUUAAACGUGUCCAGGAGAGUGUCUCCCGAGAAAAGGAGGACCGCACUCGCUACUGCUGGUCGCUUGCUUUCGGUGAAAGCGGCGGCGGCGGCAGGGAUUGGACUUAUUACUGGUUGUGCAGAGCUGCCGUGGAGACAAGAAUCUGCAGGCUGUAAUCCUCAGAGGUCCAUCAUUCAUCCGAGUGCCCAAAGAUCGAAGGAACGUGAGGCGAUUCCCCCCCCCCCCCCCUCGUUCUGUGGGAUAAGCUCGUCAGCUGAUGCCCGCAUUGGAGGAUUGUUGAAGGAUAUGCUUGUGGUGAUGAGCAAGCCGGCACCGGCCCGGCGCGUGUCGCCGGUGCCCUUGAUUGGGUCCACUGCCGUCUUGCUGCUACUCUCCGCGCUUCCGCUUUGUCAGCCCUACACUUAUGAACAAGACGUGUUUGCGAUAAAUGGCUUGUACACGGCACUUGGAUCACCAGGGCUGCCUAAUUGGAUUACAAACGGUGGUGACCCCUGCACUGAGGGAUGGCAGGGUGUUUCAUGCGUGGCCUCAAAUAUCACCUCCAUAAUUCUCAGCGGUGCAAAUUUGGGCGGACAGCUGGGUAACACUUUGGGGAAUUUCACGUCGUUAAUCACCUUGGAUCUUAGCAACAAUAAUAUUGGCGGAACCAUACCAGAUGGUCUACCAGUCACAAUGCAGAAAUUUUUCCUUUCGGCUAACCAGCUAAGUGGUCGCCUCCCGAGUAGCUUGUCAGCACUGACACUUUUGACAAGCAUGUCGCUCAAUAACAAUCAUUUGGUUGGAGAGAUACCAGAUAUAUUUUCAGCAUUCACUGAACUUGCAAAUUUAGAUUUUUCUUCUAACAACUUGACCGGUCCAUUGCCACCUUCAAUGGGGAACUUGACAGCAUUGACUAGCCUGCAUAUUCAGGACAACCAAAUAUCUGGAACCCUUAAUGUGUUGCAAGAUCUCCCUCUCCAAGAUUUGAACAUAGAAAACAAUCUUUUCUCUGGCCCCGUGCCUGUAAAGUUACUGAACUUGCCAAACUUUAAAAAGGAUGGGAACCCAUUCAAUACCAGCAUAGCCCCAUCCGCACAGCCUCCGGCAGCACCGACACCAUUACCAUCACCUUCAACAGGGCAUGUCCCCUCAAAAGAACCUGCAAAUUCUUCUAAUGUUCCAGGAGGAAGUACUCCCGCCCCAGCAUCAGGAAAACAUACUGUUUCUAUAGUCAAAUUAGUCGGAUAUAUUCUUGUCGGGGUAGUAUCAGCAGUCGUUUUUGUGCUAAUGGCAAUGUACUGUUUAUCCAAGUACAAAGAAAGAAAGUCAAGGGAUGACGUUUAUACAAAAGGCCAGAUAGGAAGGGUGCCUCAGAGGCUUGGAGAACCUAAAACCAAGGAAGAAGCAGAAAUCAAGGAGCCGCCAGUAAAACUCAAGAAUAAUGUUGGGAAAGCUUCAAAUGUUGUUUCUGAAGCAAGAGAGGAGCAGAAGUUGAAUAUGCCAACAGCAGCAGUUUCAAAUGUGGUUUAUAAUGCAAGGGAUGGGCGGAAGUUAGAUUCACCGGUGACAGCUGCUCCUGGGGUGGUUACAAUGAAGCAAAAAGAGCAUGUAAUUGAUAUGGAAAAGGCCGAUAAUUUUGUUGAGGAACAAUUGCAUUCUCCCCAUCCUGUUGCACUGCGUACUGAAAAAGUCAUUGUCAAUCCCAGUGUUCGUACUAGAAAGGGAAGAGUACCUUCAGUUGGAAAGGUGGACCUGACAACUGCUGUUAAGUCCUUUUCCAUUUCAUCCCUUCAACAAUAUACCAAUAGUUUCAGUGAAGAAAAUUUCAUUAGAGAUAGCAGGUUCGGUAAGGUAUAUCUGGCAGAGCUUCCUGAUGGAGAGCUACUGGAAGUUUUGAAGAUUGAUGCUUCUAACUCAAAAAUACCAGCAGAUGCCUUUCUAGAACUAGUUGUGAACAUUUCUGAACUGAGGCAUCCUAACAUACUUGGGCUUGUUGGAUACUGUGCGGAAUUUGAGCAGCGUCUACUUGUCUAUGAGCACUGUAGCAAGAUGACCCUACAUGAUGAACUCCAUUAUGUAGAUGACUCAAACAAGCCAUUGUCAUGGAAUGCUCGCCUCCAGGUUGCUGUGGGGGCUGCGAAAGCAUUACAACAUCUUCAUGAUGGCUGCCAACCACCAAUUGUACAUCAGAAUUUCGAACCAUCUGUUGUUCUUCUCAACAGCACCUUGGUCGUGCAUAUUUCUGAAUGUGGUCUUGCAGCAUUAGCUUCAAAAUCAGUAUCUCAGUUGUCUGGCCACACCUUAUUCCAUUAUGAAGCCCCUGAAGUGCAUGAAUCUGGAUCAUUAAGUGAUAGAAGUGAUGUUUACAGCUUUGGUGUUGUUAUGUUGGAACUUCUUACAGGGCGGAAACCUUAUGACAGUUCACGUCCACGCGCUGAACAACAUCUAGUGCGAUGGGCCACUUCUCAGCUCUACGACAUUGAUGCCAUAUCAAAGAUGGUAGAUCCUUCCAUUCAAGGGCAAUGUUCUGAAAAGGCAUUGUCACGUUUUGCUGACGUUAUUAGCCGCUGUAUUCAGCACGAGCCAGAAUUUAGGCCACCAAUGUCUGAAGUUGUCCAAGACUUGACUCGCAUGGUAAGUAAUGCAACGAGGGCUUCCAUGUAGGUGCUCCCUGAAGGAGCAAAAAAUAAAUGCACCUCAUUUUGGAAUGUCAUGUGGAGCCUCUUGCCAGAUGUAGUUCUCUCUAGCCAUGUUGCCUGGUUGCAAAGAUGCAUUUGGUGAUCAUUGAUGCAGUAGUAGGAUGGAGUGAUAUGCUGGUUCCUCCACAUUUCUGACCGGUGCAAGCAGGAUGAAGGAUGCAAGAAUGCCCCUCAUUUUGUCCAUUGCCAAUCAUGCUCCUCUGAUUGAUUUAUGCUUCGAAACCAUUGUUGUACUUCUGUAGUCUGCACUAUCAACAUUUCUCAGUUCGUGAAUCUGCAGGGUUCUCUAGACCUAUGUAAAUACCGAGAAGUGGAACAAAUAUGUUAGUUUGCUCCUA